GCGUGGGGCGCGUGGGGUGGCCGGGUCACACGCGGGACCCUGCGAGGAUCAAACGUCAGGCUAAGCCGCUAGAGAGCCACUCCACCAAAACUUUCCCUGGGUGCAUUCCUCGCCUCCUUCCUCGCCUCGUUCUGUCUAUGCGAAUGUCUCGCGCGCAGCUCUGGCUCCGUCCAUGUCUCCGUCGGCCGGUCUGAUUGCAUGAAACCUGUCCUGACCGAACAACCGACCCUAGCACCAAUUCGUCGAACAGCCUCCGCACGGACAGCCGCAGCACCACCUCGUGACCGGACGUAGUGGCCCGAGGGUCAAGAACAUGACCGACCAUGACGGUGGGCUGCAGGCACGCAGGCGGAUGCCGCCGAGGACCCAUUCGAACUUUGCUACACGCGUUGCGAGGGACGACGCUGAACAGCUGAAUCGGCGAGGUUCAAUACUUGCAUCGCCUUCGCCGAAUGAGGAUACUCCGCUUCUAAAUCUGGCGGACCGUCCCAACCACCAUGGCUCAACUGAAGAACGCACUCAAGAGAGGGAUCACGGAAUCGACUCCAUGCGAGAAUGGUUCACAAGAACUUUCCGCACGUCAAGGUCAAAGUCGCCGAGACAUCCAGCUAGAGUACCCGAGGGUAAAAGGGGGUCAACGAGCGACGUUGUCAGACCCAGACCUGGUGCCUUUCCUAGGCCUGUCGGUGGCACUGAUAAGCUUGGAACCUUUGCUGGCGUCUUCGUGCCAGUAACGCUCAAUGUGCUGAGCAUUCUCAUGUUCCUGCGCUUUGGCUUCAUCCUCGGUCAGACCGGUGUGGUGGGAAUGAUGGGUCUACUCGUUGCUUGCUACGCCAUCAAUCUCUUGACUACCAUGUCCAUUUCUGCCAUCGCCACCAACGGGACUGUUCGUGGUGGCGGUGCCUACUAUCUCAUUUCCCGAAGUCUGGGCCCUGAGUUUGGCGGCUCCAUCGGUAUCGUCUUCUACCUGGGUAUGGUAUUCAACACCAGUAUGAAUGCCGUUGGCCUUAUUGACUGCUUUAUUGAGAGUUUCGGCAGCGAAACGGGCAAUUGGUCCAACUGGAUGCAACAAGGUUUUUGGUGGCAAUUCCUCUGGGCCACCAUCGUGCUGUUGAUCUGUACAGCCAUCUGCUUGGCUGGCAGUGGUAUCUUCGCGCGAUGUAGUAACGGCCUGCUCGUCAUUCUACUUCUUGCUACCUUCAGCAUUCCGUUAUCGGCCCUGAUCAAGGGUCCCUUCUACGACAAGACGAAGGGCAUCAGCUUUACCGGCCUAAGCCUGACCACAUUUCGGGAGAACCUCAUGCCGCACUUCACGAGAGGCGCAGCGGGAAGCCAGCACAAGCAUCGCGAGACUUUUCAGGAUAUGUUUGGCAUUCUCUUCCCCGCUACGGGGGGUAUUUUUGCUGGUGCUAGCAUGUCAGGUGACCUCAAGCAUCCAUCCAAAGCGAUACCCAAGGGCACUUUAUACGGCCUUGGGCUGACAUUCGCACUGUAUUCAAUCGUUAUUCUCGCCAUGGCAGCAACCAUCACUCGCGAUUCAUUCUACAAUAACACGAAUGUUAUUCAACUGACGAAUAUAUCUGGUGUCGUUAUUCUUCUAGGAGAAUUUGCGACCUCAGCGUUUUCCGUGCUCAUGGGCGUCAUUGGCUCGGCGAAGCUACUUCAGGCACUCGCCCGAGACCAUCUACUUCCCGGUCUCUCAGUUUUUGGUCAAGGCACGGAGAAGGCUGACGAUCCCACGCUCGCCAUCGUAGUCACAUACAUCCUCUCCCAACUUACAAUGCUUUCUGAUAUCAAUCAGAUUGCAUCGUUCAUCACCAUGACUUAUCUAAUGACGUUCUUGGUCACGAAUCUCGCCUGCUUCCUUCUAAAGAUUGGGUCCGCUCCCAACUUCCGACCGUCGUUUCACUUCUUCAACUGGCAGACUGCUGCCAUCGGUGCAAUCGUCUCCGGAGCUACCAUGUUCUUUGUGGAUGGCGUCUACGCUUCAGCCUGCGUUGCCCUGCUCAUAGUCAUUUUCUUACUUAUCCACUAUACGACGCCGCCAAAGCCAUGGGGUGAUGUCAGUCAGAGCUUGAUUUACCACCAAGUCCGAAAGUACCUGCUGCGCCUACGCCAAGAGCAUGUCAAGUUUUGGAGACCGCAGAUCCUUCUUUUAGUCAAUGAUCCCCGUCGCCAGUACAGGCUCAUUCAAUUCUGCAACUCCCUCAAGAAAGGCGCGCUAUUUGUUCUGGGCCACGUCAUCGUCUCUCAGGAUUUUGGUUCCGCAGUGCCAGAGGCACGUCGGCAGCAACAGUCGUGGACAAAGUAUAUCGAUUUCUCGAAGAUCAAAGCUUUUGUUAACAUUGCGAUCUCGCCGGCUGUCGAGUGGGGUGCUAGAAACAUCGUGCUCGGUGCGGGUCUUGGAGGCAUGAGACCUAAUAUUGUUGUCAUGGGCUUCUAUAACCUUGGCGAAUUGAGAGACUCGAAACCGCUUAUCGAUAUCCCAUCACCACAACCCUCUCGACCGACAAGCAAAGCUGCACAUCAUCCAAUUUCUAGAAAGGCAAUUCAAGCUGCAGCAAAGCGAAGGCAGACAGAUACACUCUCAGGUAUCUUACCGACCGAUGCCAUGAGACCAGAAACUGCGAUCGGCAUUCAAAACUACGUCACAAUCCUAGAGGAUCUCAUAAUGCGGCUUCAGAUUAACGUUGCAAUUGCAAAGGGCUUUCAAGAGCUAGAGGUCCCCUCGUCGAAACCUACGACAAAGCAAAAAAUGAUGAAGCUCUUUGGGCUGAGGGAUACGGAAGAGGAGCCAAGCAAGAAGUAUAUCGACCUGUGGCCAAUCCAGAUGUCCGCAGAGAUUGCCACUGCCGGCGAAGAUUCCUCCAAGAAAAACAUCCUUACAACUAAUUUCGACACGUAUACUCUCAUCCUUCAGCUUGGUUGCAUCCUGCACACUGUGCCAUCAUGGAAGCGGACAUAUAAGCUAAGGGUGGCCGUUUUUGUCGAGUAUGAGAGCGACGUCGAGGAAGAGAGAGGACGCGUUACUACGUUGCUAAAGAAUCUACGCAUCGAGGCAGAGGUACUAGUGUUCUGGUUAGCGAGCGGUGAUCUGACGAUGUAUCAAGUGAUCAUCAAUGGGAGGCAAGAUGGAGUCUUUGCUCAAGCCGUCGAGGACGUCAACGAUGCCUUGGAAGAUGAAGAAUGGUGGGCGGAUAUUCAGAAGCUAAGACGCCCUGGAGAUAUGAGUGCUAGCCAGGAGCUUGCUCAAGCGACUGACCUCCUAGAAGCAGUCAGGCAGUGGCCCACUGCAUCAUUCCAGCACGGCAGAAGAGAGUCCAGGUCCAAAAGGUUUGCUGGUCUCCGUAAGAUGCUGCGACGGACUAAACGCAAGGCUUCGGUGGGUGAUCUGGGUGGGAUCGUUGCUAAUAUUGGGAUGCGCACGCAGCGACUGCCUGCGGAUCUCCUCUCUCAGAGUGACAGCGAGACCUCGUCUAGUGAAGACGACGAGCCGACAGCCAGCGAUGAGGAAGCCAUCACUACCGAGAGCGAGGUCGCGGCGAGCGAAAACGACCUCGAAGAAUACGACCUAGAUGCAUCCGACGAGGAGAGUGACGAACGCCCGAUCACGCCGCUCCGGAGAGCCAAUACCACGAGUAGUCCCAUGAGCAUCCCGUUGUUUGCGAAGAGACUUGGACUGCGCCAGGCAAUCUGGAAAGGCUCACCCAAGGAGGAGCGACCAACAACUGACUCCGUCACCCCGUUGAAGCCCCAUCCUGAUGCGACAACAUCCGAUACCGCUCUUCUCACAACGAAAGGGAAAGCCCUGAGCAUAGCAAGCUCAUCAGGCAGCCAGUCUUCGCUGAGGACAAAGCCUGUGCGGCCCCCUCAGAUCCGACACCAGUCCCUCCCAAAGUUCACGUCCAAGCCCACGCCACGCACCGCAGUCGCUCCACAAGAGACUCAAGGUCCCUCAAUCAUGUUCGUGGACACGCCAUCCCCGACCGCCGCCCGCAAGAAAGACCCGGUUUCCACCUCAGCGUCGCCAUCCCAACUGGCGGCGACCGCAUCCGCCGGCUCCACCGCACGGUCCCCGCUCUCUUCCACCAGCAUCGCUCCAAACCCCCAAGCAUCUGGCUAUCCCAUCCAACAAGCAAUCCCCCUCUCCUUCAACGACCUGCCCUGCCGCGCACAGCAUUUGAUCCUCAACGAGCUCAUUAGGCAGACCUCGGAUGAUACCGCGGUAGUGUUUACGACGCUGCCGAGCCCCGUCGAAGGGACGAGUGAGAGCGAAGUUGAAAGCGUCAAGUAUAUUAGCGACUUGGAGGUGCUGUGUGAAGGACUGCCGCCGACGUUGCUGGUACAUAGUAAUAGUAUGACUGUGACGAUGAAUUUGUGAGGGGACAGGAUGGGCAUUGGGAGGUGUUUGGGCUUGGUGCGCUUUGAGGCAUUAGAUUGCGAAGCAAGCAUACAUGAAUACAAAUAACAGA